UCUCUACUCUGAGCUCAGCUUCACACCGGACCAGCCUUCACGCAGCACAGUGCGUGCGCCAGACGUAUGUGUGCAUCUAACCCACGCUGCCUGUAACCGGACUGAGCUUCCCACGCUGCUCUGAAGAGGAAAAGGAUGGAGAAAAAGAGCGAGAUCAACGGACACGCCAUGCCCAGCUCGGCCUCCACCGACAGGAUCCUGGAGAAAGGCGCGAGGAAGAGUUUCUUGGAGAAGCUGAUGGAGUUUCUGAGGAAGAACCUACUGGUGAUCAUGACGGUGUCCGGGGUGCUGGUGGGCGUCGGGCUCGGCAUGAUGGUCCGCAACAUGAACCUGACCAAAGCGCAGAUGACCUACUUCGCCUUCCCCGGAGAGAUGCUGCUCCGGAUGCUGAAGAUGAUCAUCCUGCCCCUGGUCGUCUGCAGCCUCGUCUCCGGCGCCGCCAGCCUGGACACACGCUCCCUGGGCAAGCUGGGGGGCAUCGCAGUCGCCUACUUUCUGGUGACCACGCUGAUCGCCUCGGGGAUCGGGGUGGCCCUGGCUUUCAUCAUUAAACCCGGCGUGGGCGCGGGAGCUCUGAACACCAACAACCUGGGGCUGGAGAGUGUCAGCAGCGACAAGGAGACGGCGGACUCCUUUCUGGAUCUGGCCAGGAAUCUAUUCCCAGCAAACCUCGUGGCUGCUGCUUUCCGUUCUUAUGCCACCGACUACAAGAUGGUUGCUGUGGGAAAUGACACCAACGGGACCACCCUCUAUCAGAAGGUUCCUGUUGGUACAGAAACAGAUGGCAUGAACAUCCUGGGUUUGGUUUUGUUUGCCAUGGUGUUCGGUGUGGCGCUGAGAAAGCUUGGAGACGAGGGGGAGGAACUCAUUCGCUUCUUCAAUGCAUUCAAUGAGGCUACCAUGGUGCUGGUGUCCUGGAUCAUGUGGUAUAUCCCUUUUGGCAUCAUGUUCCUGGUGGGCAGUAAGAUUGUGGAGAUGGAGGAUGUGGUUCUUCUGGUCACCAGUCUGGGAAAAUACAUCUUUGCUUCGAUCCUGGGACACAUUAUCCACGGGGGCAUCGUCCUGCCUCUCAUCUACUUCGGCUUCACACGCAAGAACCCCUUCAGUUUCCUGUCAGGCCUCAUCACGCCCUUCACCACUGCCUUCGCCACCUGCUCCAGUUCAGCCACUCUUCCCUCUAUGAUAAAGUGUGUUGAGGAGAAUAAUGGUGUGGAUAAACGCAUCAGCCGCUUCAUCCUUCCCAUUGGAGCCACAGUUAACAUGGAUGGGGCGGCCAUUUUCCAGUGCAUCGCUGCUGUCUUCAUCGCUCAGCUCAACAAUGCUGAACUGAACGCCGGACAGAUCUUCACCAUCCUGGUGACAGCCACAGCCUCCAGUGUCGGUGCAGCAGGCAUCCCAGCCGGCGGCAUCAUCACCAUCGCCAUCAUCCUGGAGGCCAUCGGCCUGCCAACCAAUGACCUGUCCCUCAUGCUGGCUGUUGACUGGAUUGUGGAUCGUACGACCACUGUGGUGAACGUGGAGGGUGAUGCUCUGGGUGCUGGAAUCCUCCACCACAUCAACCAGCAGGAGAUGAAGAAAGAGCAGGAACAGCAGCAGGACGGGGAGCUGGCAGAGGUUCGGGUGGAAGCAGUAGCCAAUGUCCAGGCAGAGGAGGAGACCUCGCCACUAGUCAUGCACCAAACCAAAGCCUUAGCGGCAACGCCGGAAGCUAUUGAGUCUGUCCUGUGAACUCAGCAAGACUUUUUUUCUUGCCCUGUGACCUUUCGACAUUGCUGCUGAUGGGACACAAUUCUCACUCAGUGUCCAUUCAAAAAAAAAAAAAAAAAAAAAA